GCCCACAGUCUACAGAAGUUCUUAGCUAUUCUUCUUUUAGCUAUUCUUCUGGCAAUAACUCAAUGGAGUUUCACUACUGGUCUCUGUCUAUCUUCUCCCUGCUCGCAAUACUAGGAACCGUCUGGUGCUUGGUGAGAAUCUUGUACCCGUCAAAAAGAUACAAAGGCCUACCUUGUCCAAGGAUGUUUCCAGUAAUUGGUCAUCUUCACUUGCUCAGACGUGAUCCUCAUCGUGUUCUUCUCGCACUUGCUCGAGAGUUUGGACCCUGCAUGUAUCUCAAGCUGGGUCAGUAUCCAUGCCUGGUGCUUUCUUCUCCGCAAGUCACUAAAGAAGCGCUCCAAGGCCAUGACAUCGCUUUCUCAUCAAGGCCAGCGCUUUCAGCAGCUAGGAUUUUCGGUUUCAAUGGGUCAGGUGUGCUGUGGGCACCUUACGGAGAACAUUUGAAAAUGGUGAGGAAAUUCUGCAUCUUGGAGCUGCUAACACCAAGACGGGUGGACUCUUUUGAGUCCAUUCGAGCUGAAGAAAGAUCGCGUUUCGUGAGUCAACUUCGCGACAUUGCAAACAGGAAUGAAGCUGCAGACUUGACAUCCAUGCUUCUGAACAUGACUCUAAAUAUCAUGAUGAGGAUCGUGCUUGGGACGAGUAGCGCGACUGUAGACAAAGAAACAAAAACGGUAAAGGAACUGAUCGCUGAAGCUUUUGUUAGCACAGGGGAGUUUCUAGUUGGAGAUUAUGUGCCUUGGCUAAGCCUGCUCGACACAAAGAAGAAAUCCCGUAUGAAAGCUUUGAAAGAACAAAUGAGCUCCUAUUUGCAGAAGCAGAUUGAAGAACACCAUGAUCAGAAUGAUAAGUCCGCUGACUUCAUGACACUUAUGUUACAGAGCCCAGAAAUUGGAAGCAAUGAUGUUGCGAUCAAAGCUGUGAUUGCGGAUAUGAUUGCUGGAGGAACAGACACGAGUGCUAUCACUGUGGAAUGGGCAUUAGCUGAGCUAAUGAAGCAUCCAGAUUUGAUGGCUAAAGCACAGGAAGAACUUGACAACGUUCUAGGAAGAAAGUCUCAGGUUCAGGGGGGUCACCUUCCCAAACUCGAAUAUCUUGCUGCAGUGAUCAAAGAAACGCUCCGGCUCCAUCCACCGGGUCCGCUGCUUAUCCACGAGACAACACAAAACUGUCAGCUCAAGAACGUAUUUGUACCACAAAAAACUCUAGUCUUUAUCAACCUCUAUGCAUUGGGCAGGGACGAGAGUACCUGGGUCGACCCUCUGAAGUUUGAUCCGAACAGGUUCAUAGAUAAGAAAAACGAUGGCUGUGGUCACGACUUUGGAGAUUACCUUCCGUUUGGAGCUGGUAGACGUGGUUGUCCUGGUAUGCAUCUGGCACUCACAGUGGUUUCGGUUACGUUGGCGAGCUUGUUGUAUGGCUUCAACUGGAAAAUGCCAGACGGUAUGAGCUUCGAGCAUUUGGAUAUGAGUGAGGGAGCUGGAUUCACCAUUCCCCGUGCACUUCCCUUGAAGCUUGUUCCUUUGCCUCGCUAAACAUGAAAACUGCUUUGUCUCCUGAUAAUUAAGAGGUUAAAUAAUGCUUAAUAAUAAAUUGAGUUAAGAAAAC